AUGAAAGCUGAGUCGCGUCGACAUCAGGAACAACUCGAGCGAGAAGUGCGCGACGCACAGAAUCGAGCCACCAACGGGCAGCAGCGUGCCGACAGAGAGGCCCAAGAUAGAAUCGACAACGAACAGCGACGAAGAAGUCAAGCGACAGGAGCUGAGAUGCUGCGGAAAGAAGUCAACAAGCUGAACGAGAUUGACUUCUACUGUGUGGCGUGAAAAGAUGGCUGCAGCAAGAAAAAGACUGACGAUGAAAAGGGAGAAACUUGCUCCGAGUGCGGUGCUCGUGCGGUGUGCGGUGACUUCUUAAAAACGACGAUCAGAAGGCAAAAGGGAAAAUGUGUUUGCCUGACAUCUUCAACAAAGUAAAAAGCUCAGAGUGUUUCGCUUGCCGCCAGGACUCUCUGGAACGAAGCAAAUCGGGGAG